GUGGAAGAGUUCACAUUACGUUUAUUGGAUGUUAUUACUAAUAAUAGAUUAUAUUUUUACCUAAGUUGUUUCCCCUGUCGCGAACUAGACGUUUUCGUGGAGACUGCGACUGCGACUGAACAGAAAAAGGUACAUUACAAAGCCCAGUGAAAUAUUAAUGGAUGCAACAUUGUUGGCCAACAACUCCUAACAUUGGUGGAUGUUACAUGUUGCGUCCGUUUGGACACCGUGUUGCAUGUUGUUGCGUGUGGUUGCGCAAAGUUUUAAACCGGUGAAAUCUUUUAGCCAGUAUCUCCCACCUCUUUUCUUCCUUGAUCACCGAAGCGUAGCGCAACAAUUUUGGAUCCGUUUGCACAGCUCCUCCAACAUUUUUUGGGGCCACGGCUUGGAUCCUUCCCACGCUGCACUGCAGGUCCAAACAUUGUUGGGAGUUGCUGCAUCCGUUUGCACACCACUACCAACACGGACGCAACAACUCCCAGCGUUGUUGGCCUACCAGUGUUGGGAGUUGUUGCGUUCGUUUGCACGUAGCUUGCCACUCCAAAAGAGAAUAUUCCUUUACAUAAUAAUAUACAGCGCGCGAUAUCACACGUGGCAUUGGGUUCUAUCAAACAAAAUUUUAAACUUAUUUUACUGACCUCUUAUCAAGUUAAUACCUAAUGCUUUCGUAAAUAUAUAUAUUUUAUAUUAUAGGUCCUCAAUCACACUGCCAUCAUAGACCAUCUGAAUUUUAAUUGGUAUGGUCAUUUACGCUACAGGAGAUUCCCGCAGUUUUUCCUCUUCGUUUGGUGUAUUUUCGACGCUUUUCUUUUUCCACUAACAUUUCUCCUGACCUUAGGUAAUGUAACUCACAAAAGUAAUUUAAUAAACCAUUAUUGAUUUAGGUUUAAUUUAAUAAUUACUGUGCUUGUGUGAACGCGUAAGUGAGUUUUUUUGGGUGAAAAAAGAAAACAAAACAAAACAAAAACAAACAAACAAAAAGCAUGGCGAACACAAAAUUCGUCCGAUUUUGCAUUUAGGUAGAUUCCCUUUAGACAAAAUGACCGACAUGUAAACACGACCUGUGGAUGGAAGCGAGGAGGGGGGCGGGGCAGCUUAGUUUAGUCAGUAAUGCAGUGUGUAUGGGCCAUAUAUACUAGCUUUAAAGAAGAGUCUAUUUCAUUUUAUAAAAUAACUGAGAUAGUACGCUCGUUUUGAUUGGUCAUAAACCUAUCGUUUAGUAUACCGGUAAACACAGAAAAAGUCACCCAGACAUAAAACCGUCCAUUGAACUGAAAACAACGAUUUUGGAAAAGCUUAACCCCCCUCUCUCUUAUAAAAAGCGUUGGUCUCCACAUUCUCUUAUUAUUUUUGACAAUUCACUACUGCUAUAGUUUUAAAAGUUAUGAAGUACAAAGCUGGAAAGCAAUCUAUAUUUCGCGACGAUGCGAAAUCGCACAGAUACAUGUAAAAAUAAUUGUAUAAAUUUCCAGUGUACAAAGUUGCGAGAAAACAUAACUAUUUACCAAACAGCAAUGAAACCGAUAGUUCUAGCAUUCUUGAACUAUUUCUGUGUCAAAAUAAAAUUGCUGAAUGAAGGCAUUGUUUUUCUAAAAGAGAUCUGACUAAGUUCUAGUAGAAAAUUGGCAGCUGCAAUAGAAAACAAGCUGUCAGCGAUAAUGAAAGAUGUCACUCGGUUUCGCGGUGUUGUUGUUGUUUUCUCCCAACAUUUGCACAAAUCAUUGGGUAAUGUUAACGCCAUAACCUUCUUCAAACCAUCUGACUUCACAAAUGGAAAAAAAUUAACGCCAAUACUUGGCCACGGCAAAGAAAUCGGCCUCCAGAUUUAUAGCUACCACUAACGCAUUGCCAUCGAUCGCUGUACAUCUACGUACCUACAUACGACAACUUUGCAAAUGCAGUCAAGUCGUUACCGUAGAUAUUCUUGACCAUGGAAGAGUCUAAAUGACAAAUCUUUAACCACUGCAGCUUGUAAAAAAAUGAAUGACGUCUUCCAUUACAAUAGCUGACAGUUCUGUCAACACGAAAACCACCCUCCUUGAAAGUUAAGUACAGUUGACUCCCAAUAGCUCGGACCCUCGGUAACUCGAACCCUCGAUAACCGAUAACUCGAACCUCCCGCUAACUAGAAGUAAUUUUUGUUUCCCUUGAGCUCAUUUCUAUACAACUUUACCAUCGAUAACUGGAACCAGGUUAUAAGUGCGUGACAAGUCGGGGAAAAAAAACUGUGUACUGAAAAACAACCGAGUAAAUUAUUCAGAGCCUAUUCUUGUGAACUUUGCUGCUUAAUUGCCUUCCCUUCCCAUCGAUUUGCUUAUUUCCUUACUUCCGGUUAUUUGCUUCGAGCGCCCGAUAAUUCGAACUUUUUUUGAUUUCCGUUGAAGGUUCUAGUUAUUGGGAGUCGACUGUGUAACUUCGAUUUUCUUUGCAAUUGGUUGAAGGCUAUUUCUUUGAAGUUAAUUGUUUUAAGUUAUCGGAAGCCUCACUUUUAGUUUUGGCUUAAUCUAGGGUAAAUGCUGGUAGACCACGGGGCCGUAAUACACAGUGGUGUCCUGGUUUAACCAGUUUACAAGAGAGCGAAUACCGGCGGAUGCAAAAGGAGCAACUAUGGCUGAACUGGACGAACCGGUGGACGAAUCUAAUUUUGACUUGUUUGGGUCCUUUGGACUUUUUUAGCGACGACGAGCUUUUAUUGACUGAAACCGACUUAACUGAACAAACAGAAACUAAUGAAGAAACAGAACAAACAGAAAUUAGGCAACUAAACGAUGAAGACAUUGACAAUUUUAAUAAUGAAAACCGAAACAAAAACACAGCUACAAAGACGCAAAGUGGCCUCAGAGCAAAAACUUGACAAACUUUUAGCUCACUUUGUUUUAAACGUACGUAAACCUGACACUAACGUGUAUGUUACGGAGUUUUGACCGUUUAUAGAGGGAAAAAGGAACCAUUACAGGAUGCUCAUUGACAGGCGGUUCGCGAAGGCCAGCGAGGCUCUGUCUUGCAAACGAAAGCAGUUUCGCCGUACUGGCAAAGGGCACAAUCCGAAGAAAGCGCUUGGACGUGGGGCGAGAAACAACUCAGUAGAAUGCCACACACCACAAAGCCUCUUACGUACAGUAUGUUCUUUGCAUGGUCUUUGGAUGGAGAGCUCGUGACUAACAUCACCUAGUGAAAUAUGAAGACAUCCAAAAUAAAUGUGAAGACGGCCCCGAAGAAAGUGUGUAUGUUGAAUAAAUUAUAGAACGAGAAAGCAAGACCCGCAGUGGAGAACACGAAUUUGUCCCUGACGGCACGUUCAAUACAAAAAUGUUCGCUACUGAUGGACCCGCGGCUGUCCCUUGAAAAUAUUUAAAGAACAUCUGGCAAGAAUACCGCUUAAUAUGGCCAGUGUAGAUUCCUCACUUUAUCUGGCGUCGAUCGUUGAGCCAUCAUCCCAUAUCUAGUUUAAGAAGCAGCCACGGGGAAAGAAAUUCCCGCGGUUCAUUUAUGAGAUCCAUGAGCGAGGCCGCCGGAAUGUCAGCAAAGCACACCAACCAUUCGAUACGUUGGACAAUGAUCUCAACGCUCAGAAAAGAAAAACGUAGAGCCUUUUAACGUCAUUGCACUUGCUGGUCAGAGAAACUUGAAGUCUAUGGACAGCUAUUCCAAUACGUCCACCAAGCAGCAGAAGGACAUGUCCUUAAAACUUAGCUGGUACAUUGAGGAUGAAGAACGUCAUAAAUCAGUCGCUAAAAGCCAAGUACUGACGCCAAAACAGCAGGAUGAAAAUGGAGGCAACAAUCUGUUCUCUGAAGCUGUCUUUAACAACUGCAAUUUCACUUUCAUCACUGCCGAUCCUGGUUUCAGUUGCGAUAAUGCCGCCGCUCCCCCGCGGCCGCUCCAGAGAGGAAAUUCAAGAGAAUCUUGCCCCUCAUUGACAGCGGCGGUCAACGUUAAACAAACUUUUAUUAUUCUGAUUUUUGAGAACUUCAUUGUUUAUAUGUGUCGCCGAUACUUUCUGGAUUCUGAGACUGCUUGAUUAUAAUUGUUGGAGGAAAAUAAAUUGUAGAGCGUUUCUUUUUUAGUGAAAAAGUUGUUUUCGACAUGAUGCAAGUCCAAAAUGACGAAAACUAGUACAAACAUGUACAAUUAGUACAAGUCUACUGAGUGUCCUCGUCAUUAAGAACAUGUCAUCAGGAGUUAGCGAGAGAAAAUGGUAAAACGUCAAUACCGGUGAGGAGCGAGAAAAGACGGCCGAUUUAGCAGGCUAGGCUAAACUAAGUUUUGUUCGUCUAAUCAAAAUUUACCCCGAUUACCUGAAUUCGGCUUCUUACAUUCACCACCAGUGCCGCAAACACUAAGACUCACUAUUUUGUUGUUGUUGGGACUACAUGAUCUACAAUGAGGGAAGAAUAGACUCACUAAUUUCCACGAGGCUGACGGAAAAUUACAAGUUUGGGAAAACACAUUUUACUUUGGAAAGUGUUAUUAAUGAUCGUUAAAGAAGCAAGAAGCAGUGAUGUCACGAUGACGUCAUAGCAGAUGGUGGGUUUAUUUCUCUCGGGAUUUCAGAACUUGCAGCUUUUUUUUGGUUCUUAGCAUUUCUAUACGAAAAGAAAAAACUUUCUUUUGCGAUUGUCUCGAUUUAUACGGGUAACGGAAUGCAUGUAAUUGGUUCAAAGUGGCGGAUCGAAGAUGGCGGAUGGUUCCAAUUUUCAUUAUUUUUAUUCUUCAUUUGUUAUCACCACCAUUUUCAUCAUCAUCAUUUUCAGAAUACAAGGGGGGUGGGUAUUAUAUAAAAAAAAUAAUAAUAAUUCCCCCUUUGUAUUCUAGUCAAGAGCCGGAUUGUAGUACCAUUUAACUGACUCUUUAAUUGUAGAUGAUGCAAACGCCAGUCGGCAAUUAAGUUUUAGUACUUGUAUAAAUCUAUUUUGGCCCCUCAAUUAAGCUCUGGCAUGGGAUGGCGAAUUCCUAAUCAUUGUACUUGUCAACUCUUCACAGGGCUUGGCAAGAGCAAGAGCUAUUUCACGACCUAUUUCAAGAUCCCCCUCUGUAUCUUCAUACGUGAAAUGAUUAGUUACUUGGUUCUGCUGGUACUGCACUUGGCAAUAUGUGUCGAGCCGUCGAAGCUGUCGUUUAGUGGUCUUGAAUGGGCAAUUUUAGUUUUUUUCACCGGUCGCCUUUUAACUGAAAUGAAUCAAAUUAUUGACGUUGCAAGGAAACCGUCAGAACACAGGAUCACUGGUUUUUCACUUUUUAGAGCAAAGUUGAAUCGGCUAAAAUUCAACUACAUAAGGUAUGAAUAUAUUCCUUGUCCUUAAUUCAAAAAUUAUCAUGAGUGUCAUAUCUCUAAUUAAGAAAUGGUAAACGUGCAGCCUGCAAACAUCGAGUUAUGGACGCACGCGGGAGAUUGCUAAGCACGAACGAAGCGUAAAAGUGGCUUGAGGUCGAUGGUUGCUCAGCUGCAACGUUAAGCAUAUUAUUUCGUUUAUAACGUAGGGUGAGUCACUCAAGAGUACUGAGCUGAAAAGAGUACCGAGUAGAGAACAUGCGUUUCGGUUUAAUAGAAAGUUCAGCCAUUAGCUGUAAUAUGUUUGGCCAGUAACGUCCAGCAUGGAUAACAAAAAGACUGGUUAGGAAACUUAUAUCACGUGAGCUGAUUUCUUAUUGCCUAUUGGUUGGUUCGUGUUCCAAGAUGGCGUUGGAUGGUUCCAUCUAUAGUGGAAAUUUGUGACGAAACGAUGGCGAAAAUGUGGCGCAAACCAGUCGAAACAUUGGGUUUCUUUGCCUGCAUGUUGUUCUUUUUCGGAGUAUUUAGUACUUUUUUAAGUUUUGGUCUAUGUUUUUCCCUCCCUUUGUUGUCUUACGGCGACGGGGAUCUUUCAUAGCCACACUUGAACCUUCGAGAUAAGCACUUCUUGUUGUUGUUUUAUGUCAUUUGCCCUUGUCUUUGAGAAAAUUGCGUCCCAAAAAUUGACCUUACCAGGGCCAUAUUUAGUACACGUGGCGACUGUUUUGGGACGCCAUUGUUAUGAAUAUUCCUUCUUGUUUCUAUUCAUAACUACGAUUGACAGAUGUUUUAAAGAUGGAAUUGUGGCAUAGGCAUAGUUACUGACUGAAUGCUGUUACUUUUCAGCAUUAAAGUUCGAUUGAAAAUGGCUGAAAUUAGCUACAUUCAGAGCUAACGCCAAGCAAGUGUACGCACAGGGUGCCGUAUGGAAGUUCCAAUCGGCAGACUAGUUUUUUCUUUAAUUUGUGUGGAGAGCAGUUUCGCUCAAGUAAUAUUUUAGAUUAACCCUGCUAGUUGUUCGCCUGAGCAGUUUGUUAAUUUCGCUCAUCUUUUAAAGUUGAAAUUAUAAAACUACUAAAUUACAUAUCCAGUGAAGAGAAUCGCCUCACGUCGCUCCUCGCAGCUUGUAUUCGAAGGAAGUAAAGAGACUCGAAUAAUUUUUGUACUUUUCCCUUACAUAAACUAACAAUUGUAGCAUGAAUGGGAAAACACCUACUGACAUUUUUUUGGCCUCCGUUUAGGCCUCUAAGUGUUGAUGUUAUUUUUUAUAUUUACUUAUUUUUAUAUUUUAUAUAUAUAUAUAUAUAUAUUCUUAAUCAAAUUAAUAAAAAAACCCUGUACUUGUUUGGGGUAUGAAUUUUGUUUUCAAGAACAUGAUAAUGUGACCGGACAGUCAUAUUUUUUCAAACCCUCAUCCACUUACCUCCUUUUUUUAAUACAAGCAGCUUCUAUUUUUCUUUGGGAACAGUUUCAUGUUUAUUUUAGAGGUUAUUUACAGUAUUCCUUAACACUACACAAAAGCUUAAACUUUGUUUCAUCCUAAAAAAGGGUCAGUAUUUCAAAGAUAAUGUAUUCCUAAGUUUUAUUUAGCCUUAUGGAGGAUAAGUGUUUCCUCAUAAGAGAGAAUUGAAGAUUAUACUAUUAACCAGGAGAGUUUGCUCCCAGUCGUAUCCUAGUAGUUAACAAUAAACCGCUUUACAUAAUUUUUUUAAGAGCGUUGCAAUUCGAUUUUUCAAAGACCUGAUUGAAAAGUACCUUGGGUCAUUGAACAGUUAUAACUGAAAAUAGCAAAACAACUUUCUUCACUAUGAAAAUUGAUUUGAAAAAGUUAGAAACGGCGUUUCCAGGGUGGUCCGGAAGCAAAUUUUCUUUCUCGAUCUAUUGUGAACUUUUUAUCCCCGCUUUUUAUACAUUCCUCAAAUACGGCUCCUUGUCACUGGUUGUCCGUAAAUAAAAUUGAGGGGAAAAUUAAACGCUUGUUUGAGCUGGACACUUGAAACAUCAAGCCUCGACAGUUUGUCAAGGGUUGCUAACUUAUAAAAUUCGACACUCGCUGAGCUUGUCGAUAAAAGCAGAAAAGAAAUCAUCUAAACCGUGAUAAAAAGGAGUUAAAAUUAUUUCCGGUGUUCUUGUUGUUUGUAGAAAAUUAGGCUGUGCCUUUUUUAUAGGUGUUUUGUAGCUGUAUACAUGUACGUUUUCGCAUAGUUUUUAUGUAGUUAGGCUUCCCGUUUGGUGCAUAAAAUUAUCUGGCGCUGGAGUCAUUUCUUCUCUCUCACAAGUUCCAUAAUCAUUUACUCUGUCCUUUGUCUCUACCGGUUUUGUACCCUGAAACUGUUUUCUCCAAGAGCAAGUCCUGUUCAUCCUUUACUUAAAAACAUAGGCAAUCGGUACAGUCUAAGACAGAAAUAUGAAAAAUGUGAUGAAAAAUAAGACGCGCAAAACAUCGGAUGUUAGAGGUUGAAUGGCUCUCGAUAAUGUGACGUCACAUUUUCCCACUAUGUUGGGACCGAUCGCGUCAGCCAGUUUUCUAUCCAGUCUUUCUAUAGCUAUUAUCCAUGCGUCCAGUAGACUACCCAGGGAGGCCAGAGUGGAAUUGAUUUUGUACAAUGUUGGCCCAGUCACUUUUGCGCAAGUCGAAUCGGCCAUUUUUUCUUCUAGUACCACGACGUCUGCUGGUUUCGAUUUCUUAGCUGGGACAGUUCUAUUUCUACGAGCCUAGUUUUUCUUUUAUUUACCGUUGGAGUUCGAAUUUCGUGGAAAAAGUGGUGUUGGAAAGGGAGAAAUGGCAGCUGAAAUUUCAUCUCUUGUCACCUAACUUCUUUUAAGCUUCUUAUGCUGUCAUUUACGUUUUGAUGGAUUCUAGGUCCCAAAAAGCCCGACCCUUCUGGUAUGCUCUAUGUCAAUAGCUGAAUUGUUUUAGAAAUAAGUUAGAUCAAACACGCGAAAAUCGAAAUAGUAAAUAAAUGAAGAAAAAAAAUGUGGACAGGAGCGGUAAAUGCGGCCCUACUAUGAGCCAAUGCACUAGGAUGUUGAUGAAGACAUAUAGGUGAAGGAGGCUUAAAUGUAUUAUAUUACGUUAACGUGUUUUUUUUUUUAAGUUUGCUUUUACCAUUCUUGUAUUUUCUUUCGUUUUCAUGGCAGAGACCGUUGGAAUGCUUUCGAUCUCCUUAUCCUC